AUGCAUGCACUUCGCGACAAACUCAGAGAUACCAAGCUGCACGAUGCCAAAAUCGAAGCUCUUCACUUCAAGAGUAAGUUAGGCAAGCUCAAGAACCUGGUCAACCGAAAUCAUCGCCAUGACGAGGAGCACGAGAAGGCUACCGACCAAAAGAGAUCUAACAUCUGUGAAUCGCAUCGUUUUCAAUCCUAUUUCCCGGAGCGUGACAACAACAAGAUUAAAUGGUAUGUCGACGGCCGCGACUACAUGUGGGCUGUGUCGGUUGGCCUGGAGAAUGCCAAAGAGACCAUCUACAUCGAGGACUGGUGGCUUUCUCCCGAAUUGUUCUUGCGCCGCCCACCCUUCUUCAACCAGGAAUGGCGUCUGGACCAGGUCAUUAAACGCGCCGCUGAACGUGGAGUACAAGUCUAUGUGAUCGUCUACAAGGAAGUCCAGCAAGCCCUGACCUGCAACUCCGCUCACACCAAGCAUGCCUUGAGGGCCUUGUGUCCGCCCGGAAGUCCUGGCCAUGGCAAUAUCCAUGUAAUGCGCCACCCAGACCAUAACGUUUUCGAAAACUUUGGCGACAUGACCUUCUAUUGGGCUCAUCAUGAGAAGUUCAUCGUUGUUGAUUAUGAGCUUGCUUAUAUUGGAGGCAUAGACCUGUGCUACGGACGAUGGGAUGUCCGUCAGCAUCUUCUUGCCGACGUCCAUCCGUCGGGCGUCGUCAACGAAGUCUUUCCCGGCCAGGACUUCAACAACAACAGGAUCAUGGACUUCCAAACCGUGCAAGAUUGGUCGAACAACGAAUUGAACAAAACCGACUACGGUAGGAUGCCCUGGCAUGAUGUAGCCAUGGCGCUGGUCGGAGAGUCUGUGAUAGACAUUGCCGAACACUUUGUGCUGAGAUGGAAUUUCAUCAAACGGGACAAAUACAAACGUGACCCCAAGAUCGACUACCUAUGUCUGACUACGAAGGCCCGGGCGGAUGGGUCCAAUCCCGACGAAGACUUGCUCGCAAUCCAGCGGCCCACGCAUCCCGUCGGCGAGUACCUUGAGCACCCUCUCAGUCCUCUCGAAAACAAGGGCUUACAGAACGCCGGCUCCGUGCAUGCCCAGGUUGUCCGAAGCAGUGAUGACUGGAGUAGCGGGAUUCUAACCGACCAUAGUAUUCAGAAUGCCUACAUUGAAGUCAUCGAAAAUGCUCAGCACUACGUUUACAUUGAGAACCAGUUCUUUAUCACUGCGACCGGCGAUCAACAGGCGCCAAUCCACAAUACCAUCGGCCGAGCCAUUGUCAAUGCCUGCGUCCGUGCCGGGAAGGAAGGCCGGAAAUUCAGAGUCAUUAUUGUAAUCCCCGCGAUCCCUGGGUUCGCAGGCGACUUGCGUCAGGAUGCCGCCAUCGGCACCAGAGCGAUCAUGGAUUACCAGUACAAGAGCAUCAACCGGGGUGAGCACUCGAUCAUGGGUCAGAUCAAGGCAGCCGGCUUGGACCCGAACGAGUACAUCUUUGUGUUCAACCUCCGCGCCUAUGAUCGCAUCAGCAAGACUCCGGGGUUGAUUCAGCAAGAAAAAGAAUCCGGCGUGUCCUAUCAGCAGCUGCAACGCGCCGAGGCGGAAGAAAUCAUGGGGACAGGUAUCCACGGCUACAAAGGCGAAAGAACCGAGGAGGAAUCUCGCGGCGGAGGCCACUCGGUUAACGAAGACGAACAGCACCGCAUCAUUGACCGCAAGCGCAAAUUCGAGGCUGCACGUAAAGAGCUCGAUGUGCAGGACCCAAUCACCUCGGCCGAGUCCAUUGCAGAAGACGCCAUGGCCCGCGGGGGUCUUGUCAGUGAAGAAGUCUGGGAAGGCGAUCCAGAAAGUGAGAAAGAGAAUUUCGUGCAAGAGGAGCUUUACAUUCACGCGAAGCUGCUCAUUGUGGACGACAAGACUGCCAUCUGUGGCUCCAGCAACCUCAACGACCGUUCGCAGCUGGGCUUGCACGACUCGGAACUCUCCAUUGUCAUGACCGACACUCGGACACUCGAAUCCACCAUGGACGGCAAGCCCUAUCAGGCGGGCUACCAUGCCGCGACACUACGCCGGCACCUGUGGCGCGAGCACCUUGGCAUCAUAGAAGCGCAACCCGUUGACGCGUCGAAAGAUCCUAACGCGCAACCACCGACCGUCUGCAUGAAUGAAGAAUAUAGUGGCGAGGAGUGGGAGUCCGUCGCUGACCCGCUGGGCGACGCCGUCUGGGAGAAAUGGACCUCCCAGGCGACCAUCAACACCGAUGUCUACCGAUAUCUGUUCCGCGCCGACCCGGACAACCACAUCAAGACCUGGGAGGACUACGACGCGUUCGCUCCACGCAAGACCAUCAAGCAGGGCCACCUCCACGACCCGCACAUGCCUGUCGAGACGGUUCGGAAGGAACUUGACAAGAUUCGGGGCCACUUGGUCUGGAUGCCCUUGGACUUCUUGUCUGAGGAAGAGAUGGCGGAGAAAGGUCUCCAGAUCAACGCGUAUACCGAGAGCAUCUACACCUGA